UCUUGUUUUUGGAUGAUUUUCAAAGUGAUCUUUUUCUCAGUAUUGCCCGGUCAACCCGCGCAGUUUAGCAACAUUGAAAACAUAUUUUUGAAUAUGUUAACAAUAAUAGUGAAACUAUAAAACAUGCUUAGAACGAGCACGCACACUUUAAUAAUGAAACUUCGAUCGUUUCCAACAAUUCAAGAGAUCAAGAUAACUUCUAAGGAACAUAUCGGCAUGUUGUCUUCUGAAAAGGUGCAAAAAUUAACAUAAAUAUAUUCCUCCUCUUGGUCGAAACACGAUAAAUUCAACAUAAUGUUACGAUCAAUGUACAUGUUACCAAAGACAAUCUUAUGCGUACUGUUAAUGUCAACAUUUCUAAGCAAACAUGCGAUUAAAGCCAGUGAAAAUACACACUAUCUGCCACCACUAGAAUGCUACGAUCCUUUUGGAAGACCGCAGCGUUGUAUACCGGAGUUCGAAAAUGCCGUUUACCAAGUCGAAAUUGAAGCCACCAACACAUGCGGUGAAGAUGGAGACACUCACUUCUGUGUCCAGACUGGAUAUUCUAAUAGGAAAAGUUGUGACGAUUGUCGCGCGGGUCAACAUUCUCCACAUUUUCUUACUGAUUUACACGAUCCAUCAAAUCCGACAUGGUGGCAAUCGGAAACUAUGUACGAAGCGGUGCAAUAUCCAAACCAGGUUAAUUUAACUCUAAAGCUUGGGAAAUCAUUCGAUAUUACAUACAUUCGAAUAGUAUUUUAUUCUCCGCGUCCUGAGUCGUUCGCUAUAUAUAAGAGAGUUACACCAAACGGUCCAUGGCUACCAUAUCAGUAUUACAGCGCAACUUGCAGAAAUACUUAUGGACUCCCAGACUCGCUAUCUGUCAUGAAAGGAGAAGAUGAAUCUCGUGCACUUUGUACCAGCGAAUAUAGUGAUAUUUCGCCGCUACGCGAUGGUAAUAUUGCCUUCUCAUCUCUCGAAGGAAGACCGAGCGCUAUUAAUUUCGACCACAGUCCUGAACUACAGCAAUGGGUAACCGCUACAGAUAUUCGAAUAACACUAGAUCGUCUGAACACUUUCGGAGAUGAAGUAUUCGGUGAUGCUCAAGUGCUGAAAUCGUAUUUCUACGCAAUAGCUGACAUUGCGGUUGGUGCUAGAUGCAAAUGUAAUGGCCAUGCCAGCGAAUGUGUUACGAGUACCACUUCAAGCGGACAGCGGGGACGUGUAUGCAAGUGCCAACAUUUUACCGACGGACCAGAUUGUGAAAAGUGUUUGCCGUUCUACAAUGAUGCUCCCUGGGGACGCGCCACUUCGAAAAAUGUUCACGAGUGCAAACCAUGUAAUUGCAAUGGUUACUCUAACAAAUGCUUUUUCGAUCGUCAACUGUAUAAUUUAACUGGCCACGGAGGACAUUGCAUUGACUGUGGUGCCAAUCGUGAUGGGCCUAACUGUGAACGUUGUAAAGAGAACUUCUACAUGCGUGAAGACGGUUAUUGUAUCAACUGCGGAUGUGAUCCGGUAGGCUCGCGAUCGUUGCAGUGCAAUGCUGAGGGAAAAUGUCAGUGUAAACCUGGAGUCACCGGAAGUAAAUGUGAUCGUUGUGAAAAUAAUUUCUACAACUUUGGUCCACACGGUUGUCAGCAGUGCAAUUGCGAUAUCAGAGGAUCGCUCGAUAAUACACCGUCAUGUGAUCCUGUCAAUGGAAUCUGUACAUGCAAAGAAAACGUUGAGGGUCGUCAUUGCCGUGAAUGUCGCCCGGGUUAUUUCAAUCUGGAUUUGGAAAAUAAAUUUGGAUGUACGCCAUGUUUCUGCUAUAGUCACACCAGUGAAUGUUCAAGCGCUUCCGGUUACUCGAUUGUCUCGACAACUUCCAAUUUCAACAAACACAAGGAAAAAUGGACAGCUGCUACCGCUGCAGGACAUCCAGUUGAUGUCAAACAUAAUUCGAAAAGCCAAUCGAUUGGCGUUAGUGCAGAGGGAUACGAGCUAAUCUACUUCUUAGCGCCAGAUCGCUUCCUCGGGGAUCAGCGAGCUUCCUAUAACAGAAUUUUGAAGUUCCGUCUCCAGCUUGUAGGACAACCUAGACCAGAUGUCAAUACAUACGACGUGAUCCUUCAAGGGGCAAACAGUAGUAUUUCAUUACCCAUUUUCGCCCAGAAUCAACCAAUGCCUGAUGAUGAGUUCAAAGAAUUUGCCUUCAGACUUCAUGAACAUCCAGAAUAUUCCUGGCAACCAUCUAUGUCUGCGCGAGGGUUCAUGUCAAUUUUAAGCAACUUAACGGCCAUUAAAAUACGGGCCAUCUACUCUGCCUAUGGGGAAGCUUUUCUGGAUGAUGUCGAACUUCAGACAGCACAUCGAGGAGCUGCUGGGCGUCCAGCAACCUGGAUUGAACAGUGUACCUGCCCCGAAGGAUAUUUAGGCCAGUUCUGUGAAUCUUGUGCUCCUGGAUAUAGACACAAUCCAGCUCUAGGCGGCCCAUUCAUGCCUUGCAUACCCUGUGAUUGUAACAAACAUGCCGAAAUAUGUGAUUCAGAGACCGGUAGAUGUAUUUGUCAACAUAACACCGCCGGUGAUACAUGUGAUCAAUGCGCCAAAGGAUACUACGGAAAUGCUUUGGGCGGGACUCCAUAUGAUUGUAAACGAUGUCCUUGUCCAAACAAUGGGGCUUGUAUGCAAAUGGCGGACGAUUCAGUUAUAUGUCUAGAGUGCCCUGUAGGAUAUUUUGGUCCUCGCUGUGAGCUCUGCUCUGACGGUUAUUAUGGUGACCCAACUGGUGUUCAUGGAGCUAUUAGGAUGUGUCAGACAUGCGACUGUAAUGGGAAUGUCGAUCCGAACGCUGUUGGUAACUGCAAUCGUACCACUGGUGAAUGUUUGAAAUGUAUACACAACACAGCCGGUCUGCACUGUGAUCAAUGUCUACCAGGACAUUUCGGAGACCCUUUCGCAUUACCCCAUGGAAAUUGCGAAGAAUGUAGUUGUUAUCCAAGAGGAACAGAGCAAACUGAUAAAGGAAUCUCGAUUUGCGAUCCAAUAAAUGGAAACUGCCAGUGUAAGCCUAAUGUUGUCGGACGCAAAUGUAACGAGUGUAAAAAUGGCUUCUGGAAUAUAAUUUCUGGAAAUGGUUGUGAAAAUUGUAAUUGUGACCCAAUCGGCAGCUAUAAUUCGUCAUGCGAUACCUACAGCGGUGAAUGUUACUGCAAACCAGGUAUUGUUGGCAAAAAAUGUGACAAAUGUACCGUCGCCCAUUAUGGAUUUUCCCCUGACGGAUGUAAAUCAUGCGACUGUGACCCAAGCGGAUCGAAGGGUUCGCAAUGCGACCAAUAUGGGCAAUGUCCAUGUUACGAUAAUGUUGAAGGAAGACGCUGCGAUCGUUGUAAAGAAAAUAAAUUCGACCGCCAUCAAGGAUGUCUUGACUGUCCUGCUUGCUAUAAUUUAGUACAAGAAGCCGCAAAUGAGCAUCGGGAAAAAUUGGAAAAUUUGAACAAAAUACUACAAGAAAUCCAAUCGAAGCCAAUUGUCAUUGAUGACAACGAGUUUGUAUCGAAAUUAAGAGCUGUACAAGAUAAGAUAGACAUCUUAGUAGAAGACGCGAAAAGUGGUUCUGGAGGUGGAGAGAAAACUCUCAACGAAUUGCUACAAGAUUUGGAGAAAAGAUUGGAAGCAGUUCGCGAUUUACUCAAUAACGCUGAUCAGUCUCAAGAAACAACAAAUUUCAAAAUACACAAAGGCUCUACAAACUCUACAAUAGCCAACAAUCAAAUACAGGAUGCCCGGAGAGAAUUGGAAAGCGCAGUGGAUUUGUUGCAAACCGAUGGCUAUGCUGCAUUAACCAAGGCUCGUGAUAUUUCAGGCCAUUUGGGUAACCAAACCAAUCAAAUAAGUGGAACUUCGAGAGAAGCACGACAGCAUGCCGAUCAAUUUAAGAAAGAAGCCGAUGAAAACAAAAGGCAGUCGGAAGAAGCUCUAGAAAAAGCAAGCAAGGCUUACAGUAUGGCCAAAAACGCAAUCAGUGUACAGUCAAAUGUUACCGAUGAGUUCAGAACAAAUAUUUCGAAUGAAGUGCAACAAGCAAAAGAAAAACUCAACACUGUGGCAAAACUUACCGAACAAGCGCUUACUAAAGCAAAUGAAGUAUACGAUGAAGCACUGUCAUCAUUUGCAGCAGUUAAUAGUUUAUCUCCUCCAAGUAUCGAUAUUGAUCAAAUUAAGAAAGAAUCUAACAAGUACACUAAGGAAGCCGACCGUAUAAACGCGGAUUUAGAUAAAACAAUUGAAGAUCAUGCAUCUCUGUUGACUGAUGUAAGCGAGAAUUUAGUUCUGGCCAGUACUAUGUUGGAAAGAGCCGAAUCUCAAAAGGAUGAUGCAAUAAGAGCAGUUGAUGAAUUGGAGUUUGCCAGAGAACUAGCCGAGAAGGCAGUAGCCGAAGGAGAUGGUACACUCAAAAAAGCUAAUUUCACUUAUCAUACUUUAUCGGGAUUCAAGAAUCAAGUUGAAGAAUCUAAACAAAGAGCGGCUGAUGCUCUGGAAUCAGUGCCAAGUAUCAAGCGACAAAUUGAUAAUGCAAUUGAGUUGAUUGCCAACUCUGAAGGAGCUUUACGAAGUGCAAACCAUAACGCAGUUGAGGCUAGAAACAAUGCUCAAGCAGCACAGAAAAAAUAUGCCGAAGAAGCAUCUAAACUUGCGGAAAACAUUAAAAAACGAGCGAACACAACUAAAAAUACUGCUCGUGAUUUGAGACAUGAAGCAGACCAGUUGAAUGGUCGUCUAGCCAAGACAGAAAAUAGUCUCGCAGAACGUGAGACGAACAUUCGGAAAGAUUUCAAUCUAACCAAAGAAGCCAAGGAAAAAGUUGGCCAGGCACAGCUCAACUCAAACGAAGCAAAAUCACAAGUGGAAAAAGCUAUGAAAGAAGUGAAAGCCAUAAUUGAUGAACUGGCUGAUCUGCGAGAUAUUGACACGGAUAGUUUGAAUGCUCUAGAUGAACGACUGGCAGCUGCAGAAAAAGAACUGGAAGAUGCUCAACUAACGAGCAAACUACAUGUGCUCAAUGAAUCGAAAAAUCUACAAACUCAAAAUAUAAAGAGCUACCAAAGGGAACUUGCAGAACUGGAAAAUGAAGUGGCGAACAUUAAAAUGAUUGCAGACUCUCUACCGGAAAGUUGCUAUAAAAGAACACGUCUCGAACCAUGAAAGAGGCUCUUCUCAUAAGUAACUUAAGUUUAAUUCAUGAUGCAAUUGAUCAAAUGACCAUAUUACUCAUUUAGAUAAAAAAAACGUCGAGUGUUCAAAAUUAAAAGUAGAUUUCAAUGUUUGCCAUUUUUAUAACAAUAACAUGUUUUAUACUAAUUUUAAAGCAUUUUUUCAAACGAGCUUACUCAUUUACGAACAAUUUGCUAUAUUUUAAAAUAAACGAGCAACUUGUAAUUAG